AUGGAUCUCGGAUGUUGGCGCGGGCGAAGCUGGAGCUCUGUGGCUUUGAUUCUGAUGCAUUGUUUCUACCGGGCAAUGGAGAUUUUUGCUGACGAUCAUCCCAAGCUCGUCAUUCCGGAAGCAAAUCGAUCCUCAUCGAACCAUCAGGACGAACGUCCAGACGACACAGACAGCCGACCGACCAACGGUGACAUAUACAGACCGACUACAGACUCAAUCGACAGACGUCUCGAGCAGCUUCAGGCUCAGCAGAUAGCCCACCGCCACGCAAACAACAAGCCUAAGGGAUACAUCUUCUUCAACACCGUUUAUCCGUCCUUGGAUCCGUCCCUCAACCAACCCCGAGAAGCGAAUGUCCUGGUGCCUCCAGUGCCGACAACCCAUUCCACCGGCCUACCAAGACGAUCCAGACCAGCACACAUCGACCGCGAAACCCAUCAAGUUCACGAGCGUCAGCGUGUGAGCCAACAAUUGACCAGCCCAGACAAAGCGACGUCCGCCAAUGCGUCAUCUCCACCCGCCUCGGCGUCGAUCUCCACCCCCUUCUCGAACAUCUACGUCGAUCCCGCACCUUCACUCGCUGCGGAUGUCUUGCCACGACAUUCCAACGAUCCAGAUACGAAACGUAGCUUGGAACAGGUGGACAGCUACUGCCACACCGUCGUGGACAAUCUGAAAGAUUUGUCAGACGAUCACAAGAUUCCGAGGAAAGCCGAUGAGGCGCUGCGAGAUGAUGGCAGAGGAGAGGCAGACUUGCACUGUGCUUCAUCCAAAGAGGACGUGGAAGACCCUUUAGCCAUGAGCGAGUCACCGCGGAAAGAGGAGAAAUUCAUGGAGCAAAGAGUUGAAAGAGAUGGAGGCAUGGUUGCAGCGAAUCGACGCUCGCAACUGGCGAAACACGACGGCGAUGGUUUCGUGGGGGACACACCUGCAGCGGACGAAAGCUGCAGAUCAACCAUUCCUGGGUUGGAUCGCAGCGAAGCUUCCUCCACCGUCCUCGAUCUAUACCUCUCGGCCUUAUCCGUCAUUCUCCUCGACUCGCAGGCGCGGAUCCGGACCAUCAAUUCGGAGAUGGAAAACAUCACCGUCAUCAAGGAUAGCAUCUCGAGACUGAAGGAGCAAUUGGCAAACUGUAGCAUGACGGCAAUAUAUGAGGAACGUUGGUCGUCAACUGUGGCGGAACGCGACCGGGCGAUGAAGGAGAAAUACCUCAGUCGGCGAGCUAUCCACUCCUCCGCACGCAACUGGAGGCGAUCGCUCGAGUCGUCGGACCAGCAGCAACAACAGCAGCAGCCUACCAACACCAAUACCACCACCAUCCCCCUCUUCUCCCUUCUUUGCUCAUCCCGCUGCACCGCCCGCCGACUCCUCUUCCACCAUAUCUGGACCCACCUCACCCUCGGCGCCGCUAGCUGGCACCGGAACGGCUCUGGCCCUUACUCGACCAUGCAAAUCUCACGCGCCCGCCACUCGCUGGAACAAAACCUGCUGUUCGCCGGCGUCGGGGUGCGCGAUUCAGCCGACGACGGAGGCGUGUUGUGGAAAGGAGAGACGUGGGAGGACGGGGCGAAUACGGCGGAUGGUGGGUGGGAGUUUCCUGCGAGGGGAGGCAAGGGCGGAAAAGAUGAUGGAAAUGGCAUGAUGGCUUAA